AUGACUAGUAACGUAAAAGAUAAUUGUAACGAACAUGAUGAACGCUGUGAAUCUGAACAAUACUUGUACGAUGCAGCAAUAGUAGACGACAAUACAUCACAAGAAGAUGAUAAGGUCUCUACAGAGUGUGAAGAACCACUAAAUGAAGCAGUUUUCAAAAUGCUGAAAAUACUUAAAACUCAGUUCAGAACAGCAACCGAAAAAGUAGCUGAACCAAUGAUCGAGUUUUUAAAAUCGAGGACUACUAAGCCAGCUAGCAUUAAAGAUUCAUUAGAAAUAUUAUUUUUCAAAAGCUUAAUCCUUAAUUACAAAAACUCAAUGAAAAAAAUCAACGUCGCUUCAAACGAGAUGUAUUAUCAAUUUUAA